CUCUCGGCUCCAGGCCCCGCCCGCGGCGCAUGCGCAGUGGCGUCGGCUGAGCCCGGUGGGAGGAGGAGGGGGUCCUCGUCGUCGUCGGUGGCGGCGGCGCGGCGGGGGGGCGAUGCGGACGGGCGAAGAUGGCGGCCUCGUCGAACAACCCGCGGAAAUUCAGCGAGAAGAUCGCGCUGCACAACCAGAAGCAGGCCGAGGAGACGGCGGCCUUCGAGGAGGUCAUGAAGGACCUCAGCCUCACGCGCGCCCACCGGCUACAGCUGCAAAAGACCCAGUAUUUGCAGCUGGGGCAGAGCCGUGGCCAGUAUUAUGGAGGGUCCCUGCCAAACGUCAAUCAGAUCGGGAGCAGCGCCAUGGACCUGCCCUUCCAGACUCCGUUUCAGUCGUCGGGCUUGGACACCAGCAGGACAACCCGGCACCAUGGACUGGUGGACAGAGUGUACCGUGACCGGAAUCGCCUCGGUUCGCCGCACCGGCGCCCGCUCUCUGUGGAUAAACACGGCCGACAGGUGGACAGCUGUCCGUAUGGUGCGGUGUACCUGUCCCCUCCUUCGGAUACAAGCUGGAGAAGGACCAAUUCAGAUUCUGCCCUGCACCAGAGCACGAUGACCCCCACUCAGCCUGAGCCGUUCUCAGGAGGGUCUCAAGACAUGCAGCAGAAAAGAGUCUUACUGUUGACCGUCCCGGGCAUGGAGGAAGGCACCUCGGAGACAGACAAAAGCCUUUCGAAGCAAGGCUGGGAGGCUAAGAAGACGGGAUCUUCGAGGCCAAAGUCCUGCGAAGUUCCAGGAAUCAACAUCUUUCCAUCAGCCGACCAGGAAAACACUACUGGGCUUAUCCCUGCCACUCACAACACAGGCGGCUCCUUGCCGGACCUGACAAACAUCCACUUCCCUUCUCCCCUCCCAACACCGCUUGACCCAGAAGAGUCCACCUUCCCCUCCAUGAGCAGUUCCAACAGCACCGGGAACCUUGCGGCCAACCUGACACACAUGGACAUCAGCACCGCCAAUCAGGGAAUGACGAUGACGCAGGCCUCUUCCCAGCAGCAGCAGCAACAGCAGCAGCAACAGCAGCACCGCCAAUCAGCUGUCAGCCCCCUUUCGCUGAACACAGACUCCAGGAGGCCCCAAUCCCAACAGGUGUCUCCUACACUCUCACCCCUCUCGCCCAUCACUCAGGCGGUGGCGAUGGACGCCCUCUCCCUGGAGCAGCAACUCCCGCCCUACCCGUUCUUCACCCAGACGAGCGCGCAGCAGCAGCAGCAGACCCAGCUGGCGAGCGCCCUCCCGCCCAACGCCUCCCUGAUGCAGACCUCCGGCUUGCAGCGCGGAGUGCAGCUGCCCCCGCUCUCGGUCACCGUCCCUUCCACCAUCCCCCAGUCUCCUCCGGGCAACCAGAGCCAGACUCCAAUGGGGAUAGACAUCAGUUCGGGCUCCCUCCAGCAGUACCGCAGCAAUGCCGGCUCCCCGGCCAACCAGUCUCCCACCUCUCCUGUCUCCAAUCAAGCUUUCUCUCCUGGCAGCUCCCCUCAACAAGCGUCCAUCCUGGGGAGCGUCUUUGGGGACUCCUGUUACGAUCAGCAGAUGACCACCCGGCAGGCCAACGCCUUAUCCCAUCAGCUUGAGCAGUUCAACAUGAUCGAGAGCGCCAUCAGUUCCAACAGCCUGUACAGCCCCUGCUCCACCCUCAACUACUCCCAGGCGGCCAUGAUGGGGCUCACUGGCAGCCACGGAAGCCUGCAGGACUCUCAGCAGCUCAGCUACGCCAGCCACGGGAACAUCCCCAACAUCAUCCUCACAGUGACCGGGGAGUCUCCUCCCAGUCUGUCGAAGGACCUGACCAACUCCCUGGCCGGGGUGGGGGACGUCAGCUUCGACUCGGAUUCCCAGUUCCCUCUGGACGAACUCAAAAUCGACCCCUUGACCUUGGAUGGGCUGCAUAUGCUCAACGACCCCGACAUGGUCCUUGCCGACCCCGCCACAGAGGACACGUUCCGGAUGGACCGGCUGUAGGGCCGGCGGGAGGCCGUGCGGCGCGGAGAGAGCCCCACCGAGGGCCGGCGGCGGGCCCCGGAGCGUCUGCACCAUCCCGGCGCCCUGAAGGAGAGCGAGACCCGCCCCGCCCCGGGCCCGUCGCAGCCAGUGGGGGGCUGCUGAGAGUCUCGGCCCCGUGGUGUCCAGUUAGCAGCAGCGCUUGUUCUACAUUUGCCGAGCGGCCGUCCUGCCUUCCUCCCCGCUUUCCCCGCGGCACCCUUUGAGUCCUCCGUGCACACUUGGCCGUCGAGAAGAGGGAGAGGGGCUUUCUGGCAAGAGCUGCCCCCCCGCCCCCCCAGCUUCCCUCUGCUUCUCACCAAAGUUCCAGCGUUUGGUUCUUUAUCCUUUUUGCACUAACUCCCCCCACCCACCCCCCUUUUUUGUGGGUGCAGAAGGGGAGAGAGAGAGAGAGGAGAUUGGUCUCCCCCCUCUCCCGGGGCGGGGCAGAGUCCAGAAAGUCCAUAGAUUUCCUUUCCCUUUUGGGUUUCAUUUUUAACUUCUGUGUGUAAACGACCGAGCCUUCGGUCUCUGUUCCGGAAACGGCCGCCUCUGCGUGGAUCGGCUUUUGUGGCCACAGAGGGGCAGGUUACUCAGUACUGAUCGCGCCGCCCGCCCCCCCCGCCGCCCCUGACUUCUCAAGCUACCUUGUUGGUGUUUGCUCCCUUCCUGAUGGAAAGUGGGGUGGGGGCCAGUGGGGCAGGCGGAGGGCGGGCUGACUUUCCAGAGGCGCUUCCUGGGGGGGGGGGGUGUGAGUGAAGGGGGAGCGCAGCUUGCAGCCUCCCGCUGCCCACCCGGAUCUGUUCCCUCCGCUCCCACUGCUUCCGGUUAGCCCUUCACGCCUCUGCUCUUGAAAGCAGGAGGCCUUUCUGUCUGUCCAUCCGUCCAGGGAUUUCGUGGUGCCAGGACUCCUCUUGAAGCAGCAACUGUGUGUGUGUGAGUGCGUGCGGGCUAGGGUGACGGCGGAAAAAAUAAAGCGCUUACUCUUUUCAAAAGACACUUUUGCGGGGUGGGAGGGAUUGUGCAUGCCGGUUCUGUAACUUCGUCACCUGGAGGGCAGGGGAGCAGCAGUCUUGUGCAGGCUGGGAUGGUGACGACUGUUUGUGUUUUUUGUUUUUGUUUGUUUUGCAAAGGGUUAUCUUCAUCAAUGCAAGCGGUUUGGUUUCCUGUUUUGCACAGGAGAUGUAGUCCUUGUCUUGUGUGAACUCUCCCGUGUGCAGAAAGUGUCGGGCGAGGUGGGAAAGCCAGUGGAAUCUGGGUGGCUUUGGAUUUGGGGGCGGGGGGGGCAGGCCGGGCCAAUGGGGGCAGUCUGUCAAGGGAGGCUCCUCUCCACCUUGGACCCUGAGCAUGGGGACAGUGGGGCCUGCCCCAGCUUUUCCCGCUGGCAGUUUCCUUUCCCUCGCUGCAUGAAGGGCACGGAGAUCUUUGCCUGUGUGUCUAGAGCCGUUUGAGAAAGGGAAGUCGGAGCCCCGGAGGAACCGGCCCUCUGCACGCUCCAGUUGGCUGGUUGGCAAGGACAAGCCUCUGCCAUUGCGCAGGGUGCCACGGGGCGCACGGGGGUGCCCCAGAUCGUAGCUGGACCCCAAAGAGCUUCCUGAGGUGUGCUUGAGAGUUGCCAGGGCUCUGAGUGAGCCAGGCUGGUCUCGCUUCCUGUGGGCGGGGCCUGCUCCUCCCCUCUCUGUGCUUGGUUUGUUGGAUGAAACACUAAUUCCGAGCCUGCCUUGGGGGACCUGCGUCGAGCUGGUUCUCGGGGACUUGGAACGGAGCUCACUUCUGGACUUUUCCUCUGGCCCAUCUAGGGUGAGAAGCUGUGUCCUUGGUUGCUGCUGCUGUUCCCUCUUUGGCCCCCGGGUCGGAUCCCUGCCUUCUGCUCCUCUGGCUCCGGGCUCAGCACCCUCUCCCACCCCUUCCUCUCAUAUACUGCCAGCUUCUCUUUGCCAAUCCCGGUCUCCCAACUUCUAGCAGGAUGUCUCCAUACGUUCCCGGAAGCAGUUUUUUGCCCCCCAGGAAAAUCCUGUCCUGUGUGCAUGUUUGCUUGCAUUUGGUUUGUGCCAUUGGGUUAGCGUUUUAUGUUUUUGCACUUAAAAAAAAAAGGUGAAUUUUAUUUUUAAAAAAGUGUACAGACUUGUAGGUUGUCUGUGUAGUGCUUCAGCACAAUUUUCCCACCCACCCCGUGGCUUCAAUUCCCGAAAAUCCCCCCCCCCUUUUUUUUAACCCUUGACAGUAUUUUAUCCUGAUCUCCCCUAGGGUUUUUGUUGGUCCGUUUAUUUCAGGUUUGCUACAGAUUUCCUCCAUAUCAAGUAGGGACAUCCUCAGUACAAACAUGAACUAUUUCAGUGCCAGCCCAGUUCAGUCAGGAAGUGCCCUUCGGGUUCCCAGAGCUGUUAAAUUCAUUUGUUUGGGUCUGUCUUAAUCUGUGCACUGUGUUCUGUUAGCCAAAAUGUAAGGAUCUGUUGUCCAACCCGGGGGAAGAUUCACUACACUUCAACUGGAUGGUUUUAUGAAGGUAUCUUGCUAAAUUGCAACUUCUUUCUUUCUCUUUUUUAUAAAACAAAACCCUGCAUAUGUACAUAGGAGCGCUCGGGUGCUGAUAACUUGUAAGUAGUUUGUUUUGCAGGAUGGCCUUAAUUUAAAAACAUGUAUAGAGAUAUAAAUAUACAGAACCUUACCUGAAUGCAGUUUGUUUGGGCUAGAUGGGGAUUUAAGGACCAUUUUGCUUCGAAGGAUCUUUCCCCGCCAACUUCUGUUUUGUUUUUUCCGGGGUGGGAUCUGCGAACUGGCUGGGACGUAGAGGGAGGAGUUUUUGCUCUUCCUUCCUCUCUCCAGUAAGGGACCGUGUUGCUGCUUUUACUGAAGGGUUUGAGAACCCAGGCGCUAAGUUUGGUACCAGUAUUUUCUACCCGCUUUAUUUUCCAUUCCUUCUUUUAAAACCCCCCCCCCCGCCUUUCAGCUCUAUAAUUAUUUGAUGAACGCAGUCCUUUAAGAAAUGUGUGUCUGUUGCUUAGUGAAGGGGAAGCCGGUUAGAAAGGGCAUUCCUGUUGAAAUGCAGCGUUGGGUUGGGAUUUCAUCCCAGAGCGUUGGGCAUGGGCAUGCCUGCGUACUGUCCCCUCUCUCGGCCUCUGUACCUGCUAGCUGGAACCGGGUAGCUGAAUAUACUGCUGGUGGCAGGGCUGUGGGUGUGCCCCCCACCCAGGCAGGCUCCAGGAAGGGGCCCCACAGGUGAGGGGUGUGUGCUCUGAAGAGGGAGGCCCUAGAGAAGUUGGACUCCUUGGAUGCACCGCCAUUCAGCAGGAGCAUAUAAAAGGCUUUGUGUGGAAUCGGACACAGAAUUCAGCUUUGGUUAGUGGGUGUGCUCCUCCCAUUCCCUGUCCUUCAGCCUACAGAGAUAAGACUUGAAAGACCAAAGCCUGAGAAAACCAGAGAGCUGUCUGGAUGAGUUUCCAGUGGUUGUCAGUAGAACUUCUCCAUGGAAAAACAUCUCUGAGAGCAUGCAGAGUGCUUCUGUCUCCCCCUCCCUGUGAAUGCCCGUGGCUUUUGCCCAGGUGCACUAAAUCAUGAAAGAGCGUCUUUCCGAGUCCAUUCUGCAGGACUGUGCACAUUUUCUUCAAGUCCAGCAGGUCUUUCUAUCAGCACAGCACACGGACGGCCUACCACCCAGGGGUGUUGUAAGCAUUGUGUUAGGAGAAAGCACUCCCAUCCGGAGUCGGUCCUGAACCUUCCUUUUCAGCCUCCAGCCAAACGGGAUGCAUCAUCCCUGCCAAAUUUUUACGGGGGCAGGUCUGUUGGCCAGCCGGAAGGAAAGGAGGACUGGCAAAGUUGCCUCGUGCGGGGAUCCCUUUCCCAGUGGCACCUGCGGGGUGAGAGUCACUGCAGCACCAGAGCAAAUGUGAGGGACCCUAAGGCCCUGGGGGCAGUGUCUUGUCUGCGAGCAGGGCCCAGGGGCGUUCGGUUUACAAGCCCAGAAGGCUGAGCUGCCAUGGCAGGCAGCUUUCAGCCCAGCAUGGAUCAGUGAGCUGAGGGAGCCGAUGACGUUCUGCCGAUUUGGGGCCGAACUCCCUGCGGGCUGAGCUUCCUGGUCGCCAGCCCUCAGCGGAACCUCGGCUGUGGUGCCUCCCCACACCGGCAUGGCCUCCUUGGCUCCACGAGCGGGUGGCGCUGGUCUGGGGAGGGGGCGCAGCCCGGGAGUCUCACGUGCUCCUACUGGGGCUGACCUCAGGCUGGAGCAGGGGGCCCUUGCGCUCCUAGAGCAGCCCCAGUCCCGCCUUUUCUUCCAGAACCAGGCGGCCCCCUCGCUAAAAGGAACCUUUCUGGGAAGUCUGAAGAGAAGGGAUGCAUUCAUACUGGGCCUUUACAGCUGGCCUCUCCAGACUCUCCGUUUCCAGAGCCCAACAGUGGGCGGCCCCAGAUUGUGGGUGAGCGCCCCCCACAUCCCCACUUCACAGCUGCCUGGAGGAGCAGUUUCCCUGCCCCGCCAGAGCGUGCGCUCCCUUCUCCUGCCCCAUGCUGCCGGCUGUCUAGGGAGGCCCCAGUUCCCCUGCCAGACCACUCUGGGCGUCCAAAGUGAUCUGCUCUUGCCACUUCCGUUUCCCGUGGGGUGGGGUGGGGUGGGGUGUCCUGGGACCAAAAGGCAGGACCUGGGUUUCCAGUUAAGAAUAUACUUCAGAACCAGCUGAUCCGCUUCAGUCCCCAAACCAGGAUUGUUUCUGAAGCCAGACAACGAGUAGAGAGGGGUGUGUGUGUGUGUGUGUCUGUGUGUGUGAGAGAGAGAAAGAGAGAGCGCAUAAAUUGUGAUUAAGUACAAAAGAUUAAGACUUAAAUGCAGGGAGUGGGGGGGGGGAUAAGUUAUUUAAUGCCUCUCAUAGUGCUCCACCUUCCAUUCUGUUCUGGCUAGAAUGACUGCCCAGUUCCAGAGGCAGUCUGCCUCUGAAGGCCAGCAGCCGAGGGCGGUCUUGCCUUUGUGUCCUGCUUCACGGGGCGGUGGCGGGGGGGGGAUCUGGGGCUGGCCACUGUUGGAAGCGGGACACUGAGCUCGUGGGGGUCUCUUCUUCUGCUCCAGGGGGGUUCUUCUUACACGAGGGGGCAAGGGCCACCCCCCAGAAGACCCAUCUUGAGUCUGAUUGCCCCACGCCCAGGGGGAGGCAGCCGCAUCGACCGUUGGGGUCCAUGGCCGGCCCCCUUGCUUGCGCUCGGCUCCUCAGACAAGCCGUUUGCGCCGGCAUGCCCUUCCCGCUCCCUUGACCGCCUCUUCCUUUUACAAACCAGCUGGCCAAGAGACAGGCCUGUCUUGUUCUCUCUUCCUUUCCCCUGUAACCUUUCCGCACCUGAAGGUGCAGGCACACCCUCUGAGCCAACCUCGGGUUGGGACACAGUCAGAUCUCGAUGUGAGUGACUGCUGGCUUCCUCCUCCCUUAAGGGAGCGGUUUUCGUGCAUCCUCAGAUGCCUCUAAAUACCAGUUGCAGGAGAGUAAUGGCAGGAGGGAGGGCAUGCCCCUUUCAACUCCAGCUUGUAGGCUUCCAGCAGCAUCUGGUGGGCCACUGUGCGAAACAGGAUGCUGGACUAGAUGGGCCUCCUUGGGCCUGAUCCAGCAGGGCUGUUCUGAUGAUCUUAUGAUGUUGGCUCAGCAGUGUGAGAGGCUUAGCAGCGGAGGGCAGAACUCCCCCAAAGAGACCAGUCCUCCCCCCUCUUCGCCCCAUGAUGCAGGGAGUUCUCGGGGCACGUUAUCACAUGAGGGAGCAACGGCGUGUGCACCCUAAAAUGCUCCCUUUCAGUCCUUUGCAAAGCAUGAAAGUUCCUCAGCAGGAAGGGUUGCCCCCCAGCCGAAAAGCGGGCGAGCCCCCUUGCUUUGGAUGCAAAUCCCGCCCUGUCUUGAUGCCUAUUCAACUCCUUUUUUGAGAAACCCUUUGGGAGGACAGUUGGGAGAGCGGCCCCCUGCCCCGCUCCUUGCUGGACGCUUUAAUUCCGAGCUCCCUUGCCACUGUGAUGACGGUGUGAACGAGCAAUUUGUACAGCCAUUCUUAUCUUAAAAAGCAGAGAAGCAAACACAAAUGAACUUUAUUUCUGGUUUGUUCUUUAAAUUUUGCUUAGGCAUGUCUUUAGGCGGUGGGCACGAGUCUGCAAUUUGCUUCCCUGUGCGCGGGGACUGUGGCGAUAUUUGACGAUGUAUUCCAGAAACCAUUUUUACCUUUUUAAAGGGGGAAAAAAACCACCCCCACCCCUGGGAUCAUUCAUGUGGAAUUUCUAUAUUGCAAGCUCGGGGGCGGGCGGGUGGGAGGUGCAGGGCAGGACUGACAUCCCAACACUACGACAUUCAGGAACUUGACUAUCUGUUUGUGUGUUCUUGUUUUUAUGUGUUUUUUUCUUUGGGUGUAUAAAAGUAAUGUCAGCUUGGCCGAUUUAAAGGCGGGGUGGGUGCAAGAGGCCCCCGGCGGCAGCUGCUUGCAUCCUGCAUUUCUGUAAGGAAGCGAAGUGUAUCGUAGCCCUCCGUAUCUGGCAUGUGCGUUGAGCAGAGGCUGUACAGGCGCUGCACCCUUCCCCCCCCCCGUCCCAUCAGCCAAUUGAGGCUUGUGCACCAAUCCUUUCUGCCAGUUGCAAUGAAUGCGUCCGCCUUGCCUGAUUUCUCCUCCACCUCCUCCUCCUCUUCCUGCACCCCACUCUUUCGCCACUCCCUUCGGCUGUCCAGCCAAACUUGCAUAAAAUCAACAGGAGGCUAGUUGGGGGGUGAUGGAUGGCGUCCUCCUCCCCCUGGCCCGGUCUGGGAGAUGCGUAGGAACCCCAGGAAAUGCUGCUGGCUGUGAGCUUGUCUUCUGCGGCCGCCUGGCUGUUGGAUGCCAGCUGUUGCCACAGGCUUGGACGUGCUGUCGGUUUCUCAUGUGGCAGGCCCCAGGCAAUGGAGAGGGGACCACAGUGUGCAUGGAAACACACACACGCACACACGCCCCACAGCAACACUGUGACCAGCACAAACUGCUGUCGAGGCUGUUGUGAGGGCAACGGAGGCAGUGUGACAUGACGCUUGUAGGAUGCAGCUAUGGGGCAAGCUCCUUGCCUGUGCUUUAGUCUCCAGACUCUCUGAGGGCCGGGCCGUGGAGCAUGAGCUAGAGAGCAAGGAGGCCCUCGGCCUACAUGUGAAUCUGUGGGGAAGAGUCAUCACCUUUUGGAAAGCUCAUAAAAUCAAGAUACUUCCCCCCACACACACACACCCUGCCCCCCAACUGUGCAUGUUUAAGGGGAAAGGGGGUCUUAAGGCAAUGAAGUCUCUUGCCAAGUUGGGCUGGCUUCUUGGUUGGCGGGGAGGGGUCAGGGAUUGUGGAAGCUGCUGAAAUUGCGAGCAGAUGCCUGUCUGGAAAUGAAUGAAGCUUCUGGGUGCCAUUUCAGUGGCUUUAAACCCUUUUUGAAAAAGAGAGACCAUCUGUGACGAGGUGGAUUGCUCUCUUUUAACAAGAAAGAACGUCUCCGGCUCUUCGCAUGUUUCUUAGGGCAGCAGAACUGCCAGCCCUCUGACGAUGCUGUGAUGGCAUUUCACCUCAAGAGACUCCCUGUCGAACGACUUGUGCAAGUCUAGCUCAGUUGCUAGAAUGAUUUGCUUUUAAACCUUCGUUCCCAAAGAAAAGAGAUCGCUGUGGUCGGGCUGGGGUCUUCAGUAACUCCAGAGGAGCCUUGUUUUGGGGCAGGAAUUGAAGUCAGCCGUAGGAAACUUGCAAGCAGUUUGGCUGCCCCAUAGAAAUGGUCUCCAUUGGCCUCUGGGUCAAAGGGAUGACAUUUUAAUUGCCCCUAGAAUGGGGAUAACAUUCAGUACAUGCUUUUAAAGAGAAUAUGUGGGGCUGGGCAGAGAUGCUACUUGCUCUUGGAAUAUGUAACACAAAUACUCUACAGGUGAAAAUAUUUCUUUCUGGGGGGAUUAGAAAUGAUUAACGUCUUCAAUAGCUCCUAACUCUAUAUGGGCAAAAGCAACUACACAUUUAACACAAGUAUCCACAUUUAUAACCAUUUUUUAGCUGCAUUGCUAGAGACACCCAGAUCGCUUGACUUACCCAUCUGUAUAGCUUAGCGAGUUAAAGGGAAAAAAAGUUCUAGCUGGCAGAGUGAUUGCUUUUAAGCUGCAGUUGCUUUUUUUUUUUUAAGGAUGGAAACUUGUGUCCUUCUUUCCGAAUUUCCAGUGGUGGGAAGGCAGAGAAUGGAGUCGAUCCAAACAGCAGCAGCAGCAGCAGCUCAGCUGCCCUGCAGUUUCUCAUACAGGCAGCUACAAAACAGACUUCAUAGUUGAGGGUGAAGAGAAGUGGGGAGGAAAGCGUCUUGGUUUUCUGUCAUUUCAGACUGUGUGACAGCCUGUUAUUUACAGAUCGAUUAAAAAAAAAAAAACAUACCAUGAGGACUAGUGGAAUGAACUUACUGAUAUAUGCAAAUCCUACCAUUAAGCUACAGGUUUUCUGGGGGGAGGGGGGAGGACUUGGGGGCAGGAGCACAGGAACUCUGGAGCAUAGAAGCUUAAUUUAUUGUGGCUUUUUUCUCUCUUGGCAAAAAAAAAAAAAAAAAUUGGAACCCCAAAGGUGGCUUUGUACCGUGUGUGUGUGUAUUUCUUCUUUUUGCAAACUUAAGAACAUGACGAUGAUGUGAAAAAAAAGCAGCAAAACUUCUGUGUACAUUCUUUUUGAUCUCUUUUUUGUUCAUUUGUUUGUUUGUUUCAUUAUUAUUAUUAUUAUUAUUUUCUGUGAAGGCUUUUUUUUGUCUUUGUAACUUUGCAUUAUUUGUAAAUGAAAUGUAAUAAAGUUCAGCUGUUUUUCUCUCUG